ACAAGGGGUUUGGGGGAGAUUUUAUGCCGUUGCAUCCUGACGUUUUUCUCUCGGAAGAAAAUCAUACCGGAGGUGCUGCCAUUUUUUUCUGCUGCCUCCUGCUCUUGCCUGCUCCUGCUUUCAGCAUGGUAAGGAAGAAUACUAUCCCUCCUGGAUGGCGAAAUGUAUCUCCAGUUGGACAGCCUAUACCUGGAACUCGAUUCAUUGCUUUCAAAGUACCUUUGAAAGGGGAAAUCAACCAGAGACUGACUCCAAACCAGAAGUUUACCCUUAAAGAUUUGAUUGCUGCAGUGAAAGGUCUAAAUGUGGAGCUUGGCUUAAUUAUUGAUUUAACAUAUACAACAAGAUACUAUAAUGUUAAGGAUUUGCCAAAAACUGUAGAAUAUAAGAAACUGUAUACUGUUGGCCUUGAAGUCCCAGAUGAUCCUACUAUUCUACAAUUCAAAAAGUGGGUCAGAAAGUUCCUAUGGGAAAAUGCAGAAAACGAGAAACUAAUUGGAGUACAUUGUACUAAUGGAAUUAAUAGAACCGGUUACCUUAUAUGUAGAUACCUGAUUGAUGUUGAAGGCUGGGAUCCAGAAACCGCAAUCCAAGUUUUCGGGGAGGCUCGGGGUCAUCAUAUGGAUGGUAGUAGAUACUUGACAGAUCUGAAAACCCAACCAAUGAGAAGCAAUCUUGGAAUGAAUAUAUGGGAUGCUGAUGCAGAUAUUAUACCACUUCCAAAUGAAAUGGAUGGACAUAUUGGCAGAUUUCCAAAUGAAGAAUUUCCUAGGCCUGAGAAAAGAUUAAGAGGUUAUGAAGAUGGUCGCCCCCACAAUGACUUGCCUGGACAGAUCCAAUUGAGAGAAUUUGAUUUUAUUAACAAAGGUCCUGGACAACGGCGAAAACCAUAUCAUGCCCUCCAGUUUCAAGAGGAUUUGCCAUCACUAAUGCAAAUAAAUAUUCCUGAACCUCCAUUUUAUGAUGACUAUCAAGAAGAAAUGCACUGGAAAGAUUUAGAUGUGGCCAUCAGGGACUCAGAACAAUGGCAAAGAUCUUUUCGUGAUCAUCAGUUUUAUGACAACCCACCAGAGAAUGCUCCUCCAAGGAACCUUGUUAAUAUGGGCCGUAGACAGAAACAGAGACAUUUUCCUGACAGUGAUAUGCCUGUAGACAUGCAGUUUAAUAGGGGGCGUGGACAAAGACAAAGGCCGUUUUAUGACCAGCAAUCUAAUGAUGAAUUUCAACCACAUACGCAAUUAAAAGACCGGCCAUUCCUCAACAUGGGGCGUGGGCAAAGAAUGAGACCUUUUCACAACUGUCGUCCUCAUGAUGAUAUGCAGCCACCAGUGGGGGACUUAGAGUUUGUUAGUAGAGGCCGUGGACAACGAAUGCGACCUUUCCUUGACCGCCAACAUGACAAUGAAUUACGAAGAGAGAUGGCAAUAGAAGAUUUUGCUAACAGAGAUUUGGAAUCAAGAUGCAGGCCUUUUCAUGACACUCAAUCCUAUGAUGAUUUCAGUGAGCCAGCACAGUUGAAAGAUUUUGUAAACAGUGGACCUGAACAAAAGAUGAGGCCAUUUGACCAUUCAUCUCAUGAUGAGUUGUCAUAUGAAGGGUAUUUAGAAAGAUGUCAGACUCAGUCUCCUGAUGAGCAUUUCCAAGAUUCUCCCUUAUGUAGCAGAGAUUAUGUCUCUGAUAAAGAUUUUAAUAAAAAUUACAGGAAUAAUUGUUCUGAAGGUUACAGGAGAAUCCGCCUUUCAGAUGAAAUUAACAGAGGAGAGAAAAGUAGAUUUGCACCGUAUCCCUCGCAUCAGCUUUCAUCUGCACACCAGAAAGUAAGUUCAGUUUCAGCAGACUGUGGAAGGGAACCUCAACAUGAAAUUUCAAGAGAAAUGGAUCGAGAGAAAAGAGUACCAGUUGUAACAAUUGAUUACAAUUAUGGCUUGCCUUUAGACUAUACAUCUGAAGAGGAUGAUAGAGCACAGUAUGAUUUACCUUCAAGAGAACGUUGCAUUUGGAAUUGAACUAAACAAGAGUUUGCAUGCCUACUUCACCUAUUUUCUUUAUUGUGUGUGGACCAAAACUUUUUCACUAACUAGAAAAGCCUAAUAAGACUAGUUUCUGCAAAUGUUUUGUUUUUUUUACAUCUAGGUAAUUUCUACAUUUGUUAAGUGUAUGUGUAUACAAAUGUUUAACAUAAUCUGAAAAAAAAAGUGGUUACUUUUAGUAAAAUUGGAGGGCCAUAGCAUGACACAAUGGAAGCUGUGUUCCCCCUCUCCUGUUUUGAAAUGUAUAUAAUUUAAGUUUACAAACUUGUAAUAAACAAUUUAAAGACUGCUUUCAAUAGACUUUCACUAUGAAAUAUAGGUUUUACCAUAAAUAUGACAAUAAAUAGUUCUGGUAA